AUGGCCACAGAUGCCUUAUCAAGUGAAGCUUCUUCUCACCAUCCCUCCGAUGAUGAAGAGAAUGAAUUGAUGGCCACAGAUGUAGAAUCUGCUCCGGUAGCAGACCCUCCUAGGGCUCCAGUGUUAGAAUCCCAGGGCCAUGAAGAGAAUCCAUCCCCUCCUCCUUCAGCACUAAUGUCACAAGCUGGCGGUUUAAGUCCUAGUCCGACAAUGGGACUUAUGACUAAACCAACUGUUAGCACAAAUCUUCCUGAAUCUUCAGCUAUACGGGAUGAUGAGGAGCGAGUAGAUUAUGAAGGCUCCUCGAUUGGUGAUGCAGCUGACGAAGAUAGAGAUGAUGAGGAUGCUGACGUUGGCAACAAGCCAUGUGAUGAUGCGGAGGAUGAAGAGCAUGAUUCUAUGGAUGACAUCACCACUUUGGAUGAUGCUCCUAAGGCCCCAUCUGAUAAAGCAUCUGGUUAUACUCCUUUUUAUCUCACCGGUUCACCUCCUCCCAGGACUACCACUGCUACUCCUCCUACAGAACAACAGAUCACGCAUGUGUCAACUCCUUUACAAGAGCAGCAUUUGCCUGGCUCAUCCAUGGCGGCUGUUUCACCGGCAACAUUGCCCGGGGCUAUUACUGUGACUCCUCCUCCGGAACAGCCUUGA